AUGACGAAAUUCCGUUGGGUUACUGAUACCCGCAUCGGCGACGAUAAGGAGCAGAGCGAAAGCGAGUUCACGGCGCGCCCAUGUACCAUCGCUGAGACCAAACUUUACAACGACGAGCCUCUCUCACCCCUUCGCCUCGAGAUGAACCAUCAUCAGCCGGUUGUCGUCAAUUCGUUGCUCUGCUUUAUCCAUAAUUUUCGCGGUAAUCCGCAGGUGCGUAAUCUAGUUGCCGAGUAUUUUCCGAAGACGGCGAUCGCUGAGGCCAAGAACAUUCUGUGCUCAAAAGUGGCUGAUGACACGACAUCAUCUGUGCCAGAAGACGUGUUCGAUCUUUACGAUCUGUUAGUGACCAGAGAAGAGCAAAUGCAAUUCGCCGCCACCGAUCUCACCAUUUUACCAUUGGCGUUACUCUCCAAGGAUGAGGACAAGAACGAAAUCAUGCGGGAAUUGAAGACGUUACGAACAUUCAUCUCGGAUGCUCUUGAUGGUCGUAUCGAGGAUACACCACAGCCAAGAGAAACACCAACACCAACGGUGCGAUGCAAACUGAACACGUCGGCUUCAUCGCCCGAGUUCCCUGUUGUUCAUAUUCCGGCGACAGCUCCAUGUGAAAGCCCGAAACCAUUGUUGUCCUCGUCCCCGGUGAACAACAAUGUCUCUCAGCAAUCCCUACAAAUGGCAUUAGCCCAAAGACAGGCGGCGGUCACCAGUCCAACGCACAGUCAUCAAUCAGCGGCUGUAGAGGUGGUCGAAUUAAUUGUGCAUUAA